AUGUAUUUCUUUUUAAUCCCCGUGGUCUUCUUUAUCUUUGCAGCUGUAUCUGCGCACGUCGAGGGCUUCGAUGAGAUCACCAAGGGUCCUCUGGCGGAGUACCUCUCCCUCAGCCAGAAGAUAGGGGGCGACGUCCAGAAACAUGCAGAAAUGAUGAAGCAGGGGUUCGCCACUGAGAGACAGCUUCUCAUCACAGCCUCCACUUCCCAGAAGCCCUCUGAUGUAAUGAUCUCUAUAGUGGCUCCCAAACCAGGCCCGUACGUUAAGGAGAUGCAGGACGCCGCCACGUUCUACACCAACCGUGUGCUGAAGGACUACAAGGACAAGGACAAGGUGCAUGUGGACUGGGUGAAAGCCUACAUCUCCAUCUGGACUGCGUUGCAGCAUUACAUCAAAGAGCAACACACCACCGGACUGACCUGGAGCAAGACUGGUGCAGUAGCUUCAGCCGGUGCUGCUCCACGCAGCGCUCCUGCUGGUGUUCCUCCCCCACCUCCCCCUGGACCCCCUCCUCCCGCUGACCUGAGCGGACCCACUGGCGGCGCUGGGGACGCCGGUGCUAAUAAUCGGAACGCCCUGUUCGCCUCCAUCAACAAGGGGUCUGACAUCACCCGAGGACUAAAGCAUGUGUCCGAUGACCAGAAGACCCACAAGAACCCCAACCUGAGGAGUCAGGGCGCUCCAGUGCGCUCUGGACCAAAACCCUUCGCUUCAAGCGCCGCCAGACCUGCUGCAUCCGCCACACCAACCCGUACGCUCCCCCCUGUGCUGGAGCUGGAAGGAAAGAAGUGGAAAGUGGAGAACCAGGAGGAUGCUCAGAACCUGGUGAUCAGCGACACUGAGCUGAAGCAAGUGGUUUAUGCUUUCAAGUGUAACAAGAGCACCCUGCAGGUCAAGGGCAAAAUCAACUCCAUCACUUUAGACAACUGUAAGAAAAUGGGCCUGGUGUUUGAUGACGUUGUGGGCAUCGUGGAGAUGAUUAACUGCAAGGAUGUCAAGAUCCAGGUUAUGGGGAAGGUCCCAACUAUCUCCAUCAACAAGACAGAUGGCUGCCACAUUUACCUGAGCAAGGACUCUCUGAAGUGUGAGAUCAUCAGCGCCAAGAGCUCAGAGAUGAACGUGCUGGUACCCAACAAAGAUGGAGAGUUUACGGAGAUUCCUGUACCCGAGCAGUUCAAGACCGUCUGGGACGGCAGUAAGCUCGUCACCACAGCAACAGAGAUCGCCGGAUAAACUGGGGCAGCAUAUUAAAACGGCCGCCCCUCCUCAACGCCAUCCCCACUCGUCUAUUUUAAUUUUUUUUUUUUUUUUUUUUUUGCAGAGUCCGAUCUGACUGAUCGACAACCCCACCAGCUAACUCUCACACUGUACACUGAGAUUCAGACCUUUCCCCUCCUUCCUUAUCAGCCAAUCACAGCUUAAACUGUUCCUUCUGUUAGCCAAUUAGAGGGCUGCUUGCCUUAUCUGGAGCAGAUCCUCCAGCCAAUCAGCAGGGAGCAGCUUGUCAUUCAAAUUAGGGUUUCCCUGCAAGCACUUGAAAAGAGUUUUGCCAACAGCUGGGAAGCUCUGUAUGCAUUUUUAUUCUUUUUUUUUGGGAAUUUAUCUGGAUGAUGCUGAGCAAAAUUUAGAAUAGGCAAUGUUGAUUCCUCUGCAGCCAAUCAGGCUCAUUUCUUUCCCUUCUUCCUGUUCAGCUGGGGGGCUGGCGUGUUUAAGUUGUGGCCUCAAGGUUUCUGUUCCAUUAUAUGCAAUUCACUGGUGAAGCACUUGUCAAAAAAAGCCCUUUUUAAAGAGGAUAAAGGCAUCCAUAUCAUCUCCACUGAUGACUGCAACCAUGAGACUCAUAGUGGAGAAUGAUGUAAAACAAGUUCUCUGAGCACAUACAACCAGAGUAAAAGCAAGCUGUGCAAAAACAUUCUCUCUUACAUCAUUUUUAAAGCAUAAAUCCAUCUAGAUGAUGAUGUUUGAACGGUUUAACGUACGUUUUCACUUAAAUCUACACAGGACAUUCCUGAAUGAAAGGAGAAAAAAAACAUUCCAUGUUAGGAGGCAUUUAAGAAAAGUGUGUGAUAAAGAGCAAAGAGAUGUUGGAAGUCGGUGGAAGUGAAUUUUAAAAAGUAAAGGAAAACAGACUGGAGUAAGUGAUUGGAAACACCUGCUGUAAUCACCUGUACAGCUAUGAAUAGUCUUUAAAUAUCAGCCUGACCAUCAGCAUCCUGCUCCUUCUCAUGUCUGCAGCUCUCGUAGCUGUGGAGCUCUUCGCUGAAUUUUCUUUUAUGUCUCUUGUUUUUGUUUACCUCUUUAAUUUCUCUUUUUUGGGGGGUCCAAACUCAGAAAUCUGCUCAUUAGUACUGGAGACAUCAUUAAAAAUGUUGCAAUAAAUCAAAGUA